AGGAGGUUCAGGAAGGCUUUGCAGCUGUCCUCACCUUUGUUCAUGAGCUUGUCCACGAGCCUAACGACGUGGCCCUCUACAUCUUCCUUGUCGAUGCUUUUAAGGUUCCUGUACUCACGCUGAGUUAUCAGCUCAUUCUGAUGAACUUUGUUGAGGAUUAGCAUGUAGUCUCCACACAAAUUCUGCACAAUGGCUGUCUUAUUACGUCUCACCGUGUCUUCGGCUGACAUGUUGAAUCUGACAGAGACAAAAAGAAGAAACGAAAUGCGUUAUUGUCUUGAGUCACUGAGAGCACUGACAGGCAGCGACAGAGUGGAAGAACAGUAGCAGGUUGGCUAUGAAGCUGCUUCCUGUCCAUCCAAUAUUUUGGUCCUGUUUGCUGAUUUUGUGGGCAUCAGAAAGUGAGUCGGAGUCCAACACUCUAGAUGUCUGUCAGAAUGAAAGGGAUCCGGGCAACAUCCAUCUACAUAGUCCUUUGGGGCAGGAACAUUGUUUCAAGGAGGCUAAGGUGGACGACAACUUUUGCUGCCUCUAUUACCCAACAGAUGUGCUCAACUGCUUGUGGUCAUUCCACUCUUUAGAGAAGGAUGCUCAGCUCUUUAUCCAGAUCAGUAUCUGUGAUGAGGAUACAACGGUUCACUACCUUUCGUCUGAGGAGAGAGUAGGAUCAACGUCUUUGACUCUGCACGAGCAUGAGUGGUCGUACGUAAUCCUCCUCUUCAACAUAACCCUGCACGGCAAUUGGACAGUCUACACCUCGGGAUACGAGACAGACAUGCUCGAGGUCCAGUCUCCACCCCAAAAUAUCUCUGCAUCAGUCAGAGAUGGAGGCCUGUUGGUGACAUGGGGUCUGCCCAAAAGUCGAGGAAAAUCUAGGCCAGACUGCUUUGAAUACCAGCUGGACAUGGAUGACCAGGAAAGACCCAAAAACUUGACCGCUGAGCUGUCUUACAAAGAGCCCAAUGCAGACCCCACCAGCACCUACAGAGUGAGGAUGAGGAUGAGGAAGACGCACGCAUGCCAAGUGGUUUCCCAUUGGAGCGACUGGAGCCACACCGUCACGGUUGAACCGUCAGUUUACACACUCAGCACUGUGGUGAUCGUCUCGAUCUCACUUGGGAUACCCAUGAUCCUCCUGGCUGUGCUGCUGCUGCUGCGCCAUCAGAGGGUGUCUAAGGUUCUGUUUCCCCCGAUUCCUCGCCCACCACCAAAGUACAAAGGUUUCCUGGAAAAAAGUGACACAUUCAAUGUAAGUACACAGCCAUACUGUACACACCCGCUGACACCUCACACUUCAGCACCACAAACACACGUGUCGACAAAUGGUGCCAACAUUUUGGUUUUUGUGUUGUGUUGUGUUGCCUCCAGCUCUUCCACUCUGCUCCGCUAGCUGAGCCUGUGGAGGAGAUCACAAAGGUGGAGGAUAUGGAGCAAAAGCCUGAAAAGAUGUUAUAAAAGCAAUGUGGGAAGGACACAUUCAAACGUUAGAAAAAGAAGGAGCAUCUCACUGCCAUGCGCCACCAGGCCAGUCCAUUUAGCAAUAAGUAUUAGUGUUUAUAAGUAUUCUUGCUCUGCGUCGUCCUUGUGUUGUGGAUUUUUUUGUUUUGUUAUUAAUUUAAAAAAGGGGAACAUGUCCAGUGACAAGUUUUGAAGAAUGACAUUAGUUUUGCCUGAACUUGCUGGUUAGCUGGUUUUGAAACUGUCAAAAAAGAGGAUUGAGAUCCCAGGAAAGCUGCCUUAAAUGAAGGAAUACAGUUCGAUAUGAAAGUAGGAUAA